CACCUCUACCCCAGCGGCUCAGAGACAGCGGAGGAGAGCGGGGCGGUGCUCGCUGAUUGGCUCGUGGGUGGAGCGUGCCCGGCCGGACGCGCCCCUACCAGCCAAUGAGGGAAGGGAUAAAAGGAAUUGGCCGCUGCGCCUCCUCCAGAGGCAUGCUGGGAGCCUGGAGGACUAGCGAGGAGGAGUUGAGAGAACGGAGCGGACGCCAUGGCGGCCGACAUCGAGCAGGUUUUUAGGUCUUUCGUGGUCAGUAAAUUCCGGGAAAUACAACAGGAGCUUUCCAGCGGAAGGAGUGAAGGCCAGCUGAAUGGGGAAACAAACGCACCUAUUGAAGGAAGCCAGGCAGGUGACACAGCCGCCUCGACGCGGAGUCUCCCAAACGAAGAGAUCGUGCAGAAGAUAGAGGAAGUCCUUUCUGGGGUCCUAGACACAGAACUGCGAUACAAGCCAGACUUGAAGGAGGCCUCCAGAAAAAGUAGAUGUGUGUCUGUACAAACAGAUCCUACUGAUGAAGUUCCCACCAAAAAGUCAAAGAAGCAUAAAAAGCACAAAAACAAAAAGAAGAAAAAGAAGAAAGAAAAGGAAAAAAAAUACAAAAGGCAACCAGAAGAACCUGAGUCCAAGUUGAAAUCUCAUCAUGAUGGGAGUGUUGAUCUAGAAUCUGAUUCCUUUUUAAAGUUUGAUUCUGAAUCUUCAGCAAUGGCACUGGAACAUCCUGUAAGAGCAUUUGGCUUUUCUGAGGCCAGUGAAACCCCUCUAGUGCUGGAACCUCCAGUAGGAUCGGUGGAGGUUCAGGAGUCACAUAUGUUGGAGACUCCGAAGCCUGCUCCCCAGCCUGCAGAACUGUCCUUUGGAUCUGCACCAUUCAUCUCAGAGCAGUCUGAGCAGCCUGAGUCAGUAAUGAUGGAACCGUCCCCAACCAAGAUUCUGGAUUCCUUUGCAGCUGCAGCAGCGCUGAAGUCACCUGAGCCCGUUGUAACAAUGUCAGUGGAGUAUCAGAAGUCUGUGCUGAAGUCUUCUUGGGAGACUACCGCUCCAGAGCUGUCAAAGACCACGCCGGUAGAGCUUCCCGUAGCAAAAGUGCUUGAGCCGUCAGAAACCCUCAUGAUAGUAUCAGAGACACCCACUGAGGUGCACCCUGAACCAAGCACAUCAACAAUGGAUUUUCCAGAGUCAUCUACAACUGAUGCACUAAGAUUGCCAGAGCAGCCUGCAGAAGCACCAUCGGAGAUGGCAGAUUCAUCCUUGACAAGACCUCAGGAGUCACUGGAGCUGCCGAAGAGCACAGCGGUGGAGCUGCAGGAGUCGUCGGUGGCCUCAGCCCUGGAGUUGCCGGGGCCACCUGCGACCUCCAUGCUGGAGUUGCAGGGGCCCCCUGCGACUCCAGUGCUGGAGUUGCCUGGGCCCUCUGCCGCCCCAGUGCCAGAGUUGUCAGGGCCCCUUUCUACCCCAGUGCCUGAGUUGCCAGGGCCCCCUGCCACAGUAGUGCCUGAGUUGCCGGGGCCCUCUGUGACACCAGUGCCACCAUUGUUGCAGGAAUUGCCAGGGCCUCCAGCGCCAUCCGUGGGGUUGGAGCCACCACAGGAGGUACCAGAGCCACCUGUGAUGGCACAGGAGAUGCCAGGGGUACCUGCAGUUUCAGCGGCAGUAGAAUUGACAGGGCAACCUGCAGUAACAGUAGCAAUGGAGUUGACCGAACAACCUGUGACGACGACAGAGUUCGAGCAGCCUGUGGCGAUGACGACGGUGGAACAUCCUGGGCAUCCUGAGGUGACAACAGCAACAGGGUUGCUGGGGCAGCCGGAGGCAGCGAUGGUGCUGGAGUUGCCAGGACAGCCAGUGGCAACCACAGCUCUGGAGUUGUCUGGGCAGCCUUCAGUGACUGGGGUGUCAGAGUUGUCAGGGCUGCCUUCGGCAACUGGGGCACUGGAGUUGUCAGGGCAGCCCGUGGCAACUGGGGCACUGGAGUUGCCUGGGCAGCUUAUGGCAACUGGGGCACUGGAGUUCUCGGGGCAGUCUGGGGCAGCUGGAGCACUGGAGCUUUUGGGGCAGCCCCUGGCAACAGGGGUGCUGGAGUUACCAGGGCAACCUGGGGCGCCAGAGUUGCCUGGGCAGCCCGUGGCAACUGUGGCGCUGGAGAUCUCUGUUCAGUCCGUGGUGACAACAUCGGAGCUGUCAACGAUGACCGUGUCGCAGUCUCUGGAGGUGCCCUCGACGACAGCGCUGGAAUCCUAUAAUACGGUAGCACAGGAGCUGCCUACUACAUUGGUGGGGGAGACUUCUGUAACAGUAGGAGUGGAUCCCUUGAUGGCCCAAGAAUCCCAUAUGUUAGCUUCUAACACCAUGGAGAGCCAUAUGUUAGCAUCCAACACCAUGGACUCCCAAAUGCUAGCAUCCAACACUAUGGAUUCUCAGAUGCUAGCAUCCAAUACCAUGGAUUCCCAGAUGUUAGCGUCUAGCACCAUGGACUCCCAGAUGUUAGCCUCUAGCACCAUGGACUCCCAGAUGUUAGCAACUAGCUCCAUGGACUCCCAGAUGUUAGCGACUAGUUCCAUGGACUCCCAAAUGUUAGCAACCAGUUCCAUGGACUCCCAGAUGUUAGCAACCAGCUCUAUGGACUCCCAGAUGUUAGCAACCAGCAGUAUGGACUCCCAGAUGUUAGCAACCAGCUCUAUGGACUCCCAGAUGUUAGCAACCAGCUCCAUGGACUCCCAGAUGUUAGCAACCAGCAGUAUGGACUCCCAGAUGUUAGCCACCAGUUCCAUGGACUCCCAGAUGUUAGCAUCUGGUGCUAUGGAUUCUCAAAUGCUAGCUUCUGGCACCAUGGAUGCUCAGAUGUUAGCAUCUGGUACUAUGGAUGCCCAAAUGUUAGCAUCUAGUACCCAAGAUUCUGCUAUGAUGGGUUCAAAAUCUCCUGAUCCUUAUAGAUUAGCUCAGGAUCCUUACAGAUUAGCUCAGGAUCCCUAUAGGUUGGGUCAUGACCCCUAUAGGUUAGGCCAUGAUGCUUAUAGGUUAGGACAGGACCCCUAUAGAUUAGGCCAUGAUCCCUACAGACUAACUCCUGAUCCCUAUAGGAUGUCACCUAGACCCUACAGAAUAGCACCCAGGUCCUAUAGAAUAGCACCUAGGCCAUACAGGUUAGCACCUAGACCCUUGAUGUUAGCAUCUAGACGCUCUAUGAUGAUGUCCUAUGCUGCAGAACGUUCCAUGAUGUCAUCUUAUGAGCGCUCUAUGAUGUCUUAUGAACGCUCUAUGAUGUCUCCGAUGGCUGAACGCUCAAUGAUGUCAGCCUAUGAGCGCUCUAUGAUGUCAGCUUACGAGCGCUCCAUGAUGUCACCUAUGGCUGAGCGUUCUAUGAUGUCAGCUUAUGAACGCUCUAUGAUGUCAGCUUACGAGCGCUCCAUGAUGUCCCCUAUGGCUGAUCGAUCUAUGAUGUCCAUGGGUGCCGACCGGUCUAUGAUGUCAUCGUACUCUGCAGCUGACCGGUCUAUGAUGUCAUCGUACUCUGCAGCUGACCGAUCUAUGAUGUCAUCUUACACUGAUCGAUCAAUGAUGUCUAUGGCAGCUGAUUCUUAUACUGAUUCUUACACUGACUCCUAUGCGGAGGCAUAUAUGGUGCCUCCUUUGCCUCCUGAAGAGCCCCCAACAAUGCCACCAUUGCCACCUGAGGAACCACCAAUGACACCACCAUUGCCUCCUGAGGAACCACCAGAAGGUUCAGCAUUAUCUGCCGAGCAAUCGGUAUUAACAGCUGACAAUACUUGGCCUACAGAGGUAACAUUACCUACUGAAGAAUCUGUAGCACAGCCUGAGCCUCCUGUGAGUCAAAGUGAGAUUUCAGAGCCUUUGGCAGUACCUGCUAGUUAUUCAGUGUCAGAAUCAGAGACUUCAAUGUUAGCAUCAGAGGCUGUUAUGACUGUUGCAGAACCUGCACAAGAGCCAGAAUCUUCAGUUCUAUCAGCACCAGUUGAGUCUGCUGUAGUAGCAGAACAUGAAAUGGUUACAGAGAGACCAGUGACUUACAUGGUUUCUGAGGCUACCAUGUCAGCUGAACCAGCUGUGUUAUCAGAGCCUUCUGCUAUGUCGGAGACAUCAGAAACAUAUGAUUCCAUUCGGCCAUCAGGACAUGCUAUGGCGGAGGUGUCUAUGUCCCUCCUGGAGCCAGCAGUAACCAUUUCACAGCCAGCAGAGAGCAGUCUGGAGCUGCAAUCCAUGGCUGUCCCAGCACCUCCCACUAUGACUACCCCAGAAUCUCCUGCUGUUGCCGUCCCAGAACUUCCUCCUGUGGCUGACCCAGAACCUCCCGUUAUGGUUGUUCCAGAAACCCCCACUGUGGCUGUUCCAGAACUUGCUACUGUGGCUGCCCCAGAGCCUCCUGCUAUGACUACUCCAGAGCUUUCCUCCAUGCCUGUCUCAGAACCUCCUGUGGCUGUCCCGGAGCUCCCAGCUUUGGCUGACCCAGAGCAUGCUACAACUGCAGGGUCAGGUGUUUCUUCCCUGGAGCCUUCUGUGCCUGUCUUGGAACCAGCAGUAUCAGUCCUUCAACCUGUUAUGGUUGUUUCAGAACCAUGUGUUCCUGUCCAGGAACCUACUGUGGCAAUUUCAGAACCUGCUGUCACAGUUUUGGAGCAUACUCAAAUAAUAUCACCUGAGAUGGCUUUAGAGUCUUCACCAACAGUAGUGGAGUCCAGUGUUCUGUCAUCACAUGUUAUGAAAGGAAUGAAUUUACUUUCUGGUGAUCCAAGUCUUGGUCCAGAGGUUGGCGUGCAGGAGAUUAUGUUGCAUCCAGGUGAAGAGCCACAUGAUGGAGGACACUUGAAAAAUGACUUGUAUGAAAAUGAAUAUGAUAGAAAUGCAGAACUUGCUAUGAACAGUCAUUUCAUUGCUAAAGAUGUGGAGCAUAAUACAGUGUGUGCUGCUGCCAUUGGUCCUGUUGGUGAAACAAGUGAAGAGAAAGUUUUGCCCGUCAUCGAGACAAAGGAAGUCACAGAAUUGGAUACCUGUCCUGCUGUUAGUGAAGCUGAUGUAGGAAGAAGUCUGUCUUCCCAACUUGCUCUGGAACCAGACACAAUGGGAACUAAUAAGGGGUUGGAAUUUGUCACAGCAUCUGUUCCCAGUUUAGAUAGUAAAUAUGAUGUUGAAAUAUCUUUAACUACUCAAGAUACUGAACACGACAUGGUGAUUUCCACCAGCCCCAGUGGUGGCAGUGAAGCUGACAUAGAGGGACCUUUGCCUGCUAAAGACAUUCACCUUGAUUUGCCAUCUACAAAUCUUGUUUGUAAGGAUACAGAAGACUCGUUACCUAUAAAAGACAGUGACCAGACAGUAGCAGUUGCUCCUAGCCCUAAAGAAAGCAGUGAAGAUAAAGAAGUACCUCUUCCCAAUAAAGAAACAGUUCCUGAUUCAGUAUAUCCUGCCAGCAUUGAUGAGAUUAAUGAAGCUGACUUAGUGAGACCAUUACUUCCUAAGGACAUGGAACGUCUUACAAGCCUUAGAGCUGGCAUUGAAGGACCUUUACUUGCAAGUGAAAGUGAACGGGACAAAUUGGCUGCCAGUCCAGUUGUAAUUAGUAUACCAGAAAGAGCUUCAGAGUCUUCUUCAGAGGAAAAGGAUGAUUAUGAAAUUUUUGUAAAAGUUAAGGACACACAUGAAAAAAGCAAGAAAAAUAAAAACCGUGACAAAGGUGAAAAAGAGAAGAAAAGGGACUCUUCAUUAAGGUCUCGGAGUAAGCGUUCCAAGUCUUCUGAACAUAAGUCACGCAAGCGUACCAGUGAGUCUCGUUCUAGAGCAAGGAAGAGGUCAUCUAAGUCCAAGUCUCAUCGUUCUCAGACACGUUCACGGUCACGUUCAAGACGCAGGAGAAGGAGUAGCAGAUCAAGAUCUAAGUCUAGAGGAAGACGGUCUGUAUCAAAAGAGAAGCGCAAGAGAUCUCCAAAGCACAGAUCCAAGUCCAGAGAAAGGAAGAGGAAAAGAUCAAGUUCCCGGGACAACCGGAAAACAGUUCGAGCUCGGAGUCGAACUCCAAGUCGGCGGAGUAGGAGUCACACUCCUAGUCGGCGGAGAAGGUCUAGAUCUGUUGGUAGAAGGAGGAGUUUCAGCAUUUCCCCGAGCCGCAGGAGCCGCACCCCCAGCCGCAGGAGCCGCACCCCCAGCCGCAGGAGCCGCACCCCCAGCCGCAGGAGUCGCACCCCCAGCCGCAGGAGCCGCACCCCCAGCCGCAGGAGCCGCACCCCGAGCCGCAGGAGAAGAUCAAGAUCUGUGGUAAGAAGACGAAGCUUCAGUAUAUCGCCAGUCAGAUUAAGGCGAUCAAGAACACCUUUGAGAAGAAGGUUUAGUAGAUCUCCCAUUCGUCGUAAAAGAUCCAGGUCUUCUGAAAGAGGCAGAUCACCCAAACGUCUAACAGAUUUGGAUAAGGCUCAAUUACUUGAAAUAGCCAAAGCUAAUGCAGCUGCCAUGUGUGCUAAGGCUGGUGUUCCUUUACCACCAAACCUAAAGCCUGCACCUCCACCUACAAUAGAAGAGAAAGUUGCUAAAAAGUCUGGAGGAGCUACCAUAGAAGAACUAACUGAGAAAUGCAAACAGAUUGCACAGAGUAAAGAAGAUGAUGAUGUAAUAGUGAAUAAACCUCAUGUUUCGGAUGAAGAGGAAGAAGAACCUCCUUUUUACCAUCAUCCCUUUAAACUCAGUGAACCCAAGCCCAUUUUUUUCAAUCUGAAUAUUGCUGCAGCAAAGCCAACUCCACCAAAGAGCCAAGUAACAUUAACAAAGGAAUUUCCUGUGUCAUCUGGAUCUCAGCAUCGGAAAAAAGAAGCCGAUAGUGUUUAUGGAGAGUGGGUUCCUGUAGAGAAAAACGGCGAAGAAAACAAAGAUGAUGAUAAUGUGUUCAGCAGCAGCUUGCCCUCAGAGCCUGUGGACAUCUCAACAGCAAUGAGCGAACGGGCACUUGCUCAGAAGAGACUCAGUGAGAAUGCAUUUGACCUUGAAGCCAUGAGUAUGUUAAAUCGAGCUCAAGAACGGAUUGAUGCCUGGGCUCAGUUGAACUCUAUCCCUGGGCAGUUCACAGGAAGUACGGGAGUGCAAGUCCUGACACAGGAACAGCUGGCUAAUACUGGUGCCCAAGCCUGGAUUAAAAAGGAUGGACACUGAAGAUGGGCUGAAAUCCUGACACGAUACCAAAUGCAUACAUUCGGCUCAGUAGCCACUCACUUUAUAUCUGGAGGUGGUUGUUUUUCAUAUUUUUUGCUGUUGGUUUUAGUGGGGGUGGUUUUGCUUAACUGUUUUGAAUGCUAACUGUACCAGGUGCUGUUCAGAAUAUUCCGCAGUUCCUGUUGGACUACUAACCUAAUCAUUUCAGAGCAGUGGUUCUCAAACAUUUUCAUCACGGGAUACUUUAUUGCAGGUUUAGUUUUGGUGGAUCACUGCCCCUAAGAGCCCUUUGCCACCCUGAUAUUCCAUUCCUCUAUCCUUGUCCUCUCAUUACUGCCUGCACCCGCUUAUGAAUACCUUUGCUCCUCCCUUCCUUUGUGACUUCUAGCCCCAGGUCCCUAUAUGGUGGUCAGCUGUUAGAUGCAAUUAAGCGGUUGGGAGGCCCUAGUUAAUACUGCAUGUGGUAAACUUGCCAUGGGAGUGGAAGGGGGUGGGAGGGUGGCUGGAAUGUGGGGUGGGCAGUUGUGAAGGGGGGUAGGUGGGUGGGAUGGGCUGGAGAUAACUAUCUGUGGACCACCAUUUAGGUUCUGGUGGCCUCUGGUGAUCCACAGGCUCAAUUUGAGAACCACUGACUUCAUGAAAAAACAGGAUAUAUAAGACCUAAAAUGAAGGGAGAGGACGGACAUCUCAUGCUACGAAGAUGUAGGUGCACCGGAUCUCAGAUUCCUGAAAUGAGAUUUGUCAACUCUACCUACGGCUACCUCAUUGUUGGGGGAGUCUUAGGUGGUUAAAAGGGGGCUUUCUGAAGACAUGACAUCUGGUGAAGGGCUGUGGUUUGGUUGGAUGGGUGAUGAGAAAUUUGUUUCAGGAGUACUGGCAACAGCAGUGCUGAACUGGGAGGCUGCGUGGUCUCUUGGAUGGGGAAGGUUUCUUUGUCCUGCUGUACUCCUGACUCCUUGUGUGAUCGUGGGCAAGUAAUUCCUUGGAAUUUCUGUCUCCCAAGUGUCACGUGGUGUGGGAGACAGGUUCAUAUCAAAGCCUCAGACAGUGGUAAUCAGUGCUGUGAUGGGUACCUAUUACCUGUAGAAUUGGAAUGAGUGCUAGUCAUGGGUGAGGUGGGUUUUUCAAAAAAUAAAAUUUUGGGUGCUUUGAACAGUUGUAUAGCAAGCAUUACCUGUGAUUCUCUUAUUAACAAAUUAAUAUAAGGUAUCACACAUCUUCAUAGUUGAAUGAGUAUGUACCUAGGCAUUGGUUUUGGAAAAAAGGGAUAAGCUAGCAGUAUUUUUAAUGAUUGCACUCAUUUUAUAUAGUAAUACUUUGUAUAAAUUAUAAAAUAGUUAAAAAAAUAGCUGUCAUCUUAGUAGGAAGGAUUAUGUGUUUACUUUUUUGGGACAUUGGACAUUAAGCAAGUUGUCCAGAGCCACACAUUCAGUCCUGCUUCACUCAUCUGUCUUGAAGCUGAGUGCUUGGGAUUGCAGGAAGUUAGACAUGAAGUGUUUUUGAAUGUUUAUGCUUGUAAUAGUUCAUGUGCAUUGCCAGCCAGGUAGAAGCUUCUGGAAGGUUUUCCACUGUGAAAUGUGCUGCUCUGUGUUUAUGUAUAAAGAGCAGAUAAACAUAAGUGAAUUUCCAAGGUGAGUCUUCACUUAGUCAAGUGGCUCCCUAUGUACUUAAGUACUUAAUGUUUACUAGAACCUUUAAAAGGAUUUUGCUGUACAUUUUUUUUAUAGAAUAUAAUCUGAGAAGCAAAUUAUUUUGAUAAGUUAUGUGUUCAUCAGACUAAGCUUUACUUUAUAGAAGAAAUCAACACUCAUAGGAAAAUGAUCUUAUGUAACGAAUUGCUGGAGAAUAUCUGCUUAAUGAAAACCAGAGGAGCAUUAUUUUAUUAAAGUAGAUAGGUUGGUACAUUUAGAAGUCAUUUGCCAACUGAAAAUGUCAUUGGUAUUUAUCAUAAGUACUACCUAUACCCAUUAAUUGUUUGGGAAAUAUGGAAAUGGCCAUUUGGCUUUUUUUGGCCCAGCACUGUCCUGUAUUAAAAACCAUAGGGAAACACCAACCAAUACCUUCUCUGUUCUUUAGUUUGUUUUAGAAUACUUUUAGAUUAAGAGGAAUAUUUCAUUGAUACACUCAUUUAUCAGUAAAACAUUUAAAAGUUAAUUGAUUUUAAAGGGCCUUUAUUUUCUCAAUUGAUUUGGGAUUUGAUUUUAUAAAAAUGUUGGUUAUUGUGGUCUCACUAGAUUAAGACAGAUUUUUACACUGGAUAAAGAGGUAGAUGCUAAUAUAAUAGCAAACAGGAUUGGAAAACUGGGCUACUUGGGGAUUUAUAUUGUACUCUGUCUGUACAGUUGCCCUUUUUUUUAGGAGUGUUUCCUGGAAAAGAGGGGGAGAUGAACCUGGAAGUAAGUAAAGUCAUUCUAGGUGUGUAGCAUCAAGGCAGUUGAUACCCGAGCAUCAGCUAACUUUUCUCUUUAUACAUCCACAAUGCAUGGCCUGCACCAAAUAAGGAACUGAACCAGGGGUAUGUUUUUACCUCCACAGCUGCCUCCUUCCAUCAGAGCACCUUGUUGAACUUAAUGUCUAGUCACAUGUCACUGGGUUGUUUUCUCCCCGACAUUUAAUUAUAAAGCUGAGAAACAGAGCUUAUAUAUAUAUAUAUUUUACUGCAGUGUCAAAACAUCACUUCUAAGUAUUAACUUACUGAUAGAAGGAAAAGUAAUGCAUACUUGCUUGCUGAACUACCAAACAUUUGACUUUCUGUAAUGACAUGGUAUAUAUUUGGCAGAGAACAUUAGCCUAAAAUGUUGUAAUAAUUGGAAAUAAAACAUGGUUUAGAGAUGCUUCAAUUAAAAAGGAAAAAAAAAAAAACCACAAA